AUGCCAGCAUCAGUGGUUUAUGCAGCAGAUGGUGCUUCCCCAUCUGGAGCGAGGGACUACGUGUGUCUGUACCAGGCGAGGGACUACGUGUGUCUGUACCAGGCGAGGGACUACGUGUGUCUGUACCAGGCGAGGGACUACGUGUGUCUGUACCAGGCGAGGGACUACGUGUGUCUGUACCAGGCGAGGGACUACGUGUGUCUGUACCAGGCUGUACCAGAAGUAAUAGCACCAUAUUUUUAUGCCCGAAGACUCCCUGAAAGUCACGAACUCUACACCUAUAUACCAACAACACCCAGCCUACGUAGGACUUACCAACCGGAACUUGAGAAUUCACCACAAAGGGACGAACUUAUUUGCUCCAGUCUCAUCGAAAAUUUACCAGAAUUUCGGUUCCUAUCAGAUGCUACAGGAGUUCAGCCUAGCCCAUAUAAGAAGUAUGGUCUCCCAAUGGAUAUAGUUGACUUAAGCACCGUCCAAGAUCCUAAGAAAUUAAUUGACUUUCUACAAAUGAAAGUGCAGAGUGAAGCUGCUGAUAGUUCAGAAUGAAGAGGAGGUUCCCAGCUGAUCUAAGGAGAAGGAAUAGGUUCUGAUUUCUUGGCCAUAGCUUCCUCUCUGACUCGGCGCUUUUUCUCUUUUCUCAUUUGUCUUGUCAUGACAGGUC